CUUUUAUUUGCUUUGCUUUUGAGUCUGGAUGUCAUUCUGUGGCUCAGACAGGCUUCAAACUCGUAGCAGUCCUUCUCUCGGUCUCUGAGUUACAGUCGUCAUCCACCACGCCAGCUUGUGACCUGUCUCUUCACUCUGGAUAAGAAGCUGACAAAGAGAAACAUCAUAUCAUGCUGAAACGGAAAAUUAGCCCUGUUGGAGAAGGAGAAGCCAUGAGUCCACCUAAGAAAAGUUACACUCUGGACAUGGUAUCAAAUAAAUCUCCUGAAGCUUCUGCUGAGGCAAAGGGAGAAGGUGCUAUUGUCAGCCAGAAGACCCAGGCGGAGAUGAUGGAGGGUGAUCCUAAAGUCUGUGCCCAAAAUUGUGCUCCAAAACAGUGUAAGCCUAUGGCAGGAGAUGCCAUUCUCCCCAGUCCACGAGAUUCUUUGCCUGAAGACUCUCUUCAUUGCAAGGAUGGUGACAGCACUGUUACAGGGGCAAGAGUUAGCAAUGACUGCUCCGCAGGCACUGCCGGUGUUCCAGCACUGUCUUCAUCAGAAGCUCGGCGCUAUGUGUCCUCACUGAAACCAACUGUAACCAAUUACGAAAUAAAGUGUGCCCUGAUGACAGAAAUCCGACGCUUUGGACGACAAUACGGAAGGCUUUUCGAGAUCCUGGAAGAAGUGCAAGGACCUCUGGAAGUCAGGAUACAGUUUGUUGAGUUCUCCAUCAAGGAGGCGGCAAGGUUUAAAAGACGUCAUUUAAUACAGUAUCUCGAGAAGAUGCUAGAAAAAUUAAAGUCAGAAAGGUCUCUCAACAGCGCUGAGUGAUGUACACCUGAGAGUGUGAUCCUGCCAUUACAGUGGUCAGCAAGAUUCAGCAAAGAGCUCAGAGUGAUUACAAUGUAGAAGAAGGAUGCUGAGACCUCCUACCAUGUGUUAGCUAAGAUAAUUACCCCUGAGACAAGUGUCUUAAACUACUCAAUAAAUGUCAGGGUUACACCCAACUUCUUACUUGCUUUUUUGAUUUUCCCACCCUGUGCUGGCUGCUGUUAUUGUCUCCUUGGGUAAAAAUCAUGACUGAAGAGAGCAACGGUCUGCUCACAUAAAAUAAAUAAAUAAAUCUUAAAAAAACAUG